AUGGAUGUAUAUGGGAAAGUGGUGGAGCUCGUUUCGCCAGGAGAGGAAUACCUGGAUGAAAUGUCAGUUCGCUCCUUUUUCAAACAGUUGGAGAAGCGUGUGCAGUGCCCUGGUGUGUCGUGUGAAAAGUGCCUCUCUGUGCAGUCAGUAGACCAGCUGGUGGGUAACUUCACCAGCACUGGUGGUCUCCUUCACAACGAAGGCUUCUUCAGAGUAGCGGCAGGAUGCUGCCUGUACCUCAGCUCUCCCUCAGAGGCCUGCUCUGCCGUGAGGGCAGGGAGGUGGGGGGACGAGACGGACAACUUCAUCCAUGAGAUCACAGGCUAUGACCAUGGGGAUGGACACGGAGACAUGGAGAGCAGUGGGAUAGAGACACUGCUCCAUAACUUGAAGAAGCACUACAGGCCCGAUCAGCAGUACGACCAGUGUCUUACUGGUCAAGACAUCUUGGAGGAGAUGAAUGAUGGUGUCCCACACAACAUGGAUGUGGUGUUUGGAUACAUAGUUUACCAUGCUUUGCGAGGUGACUGCAUGACUGCCAGAGCACUGCCUGAAGAGGACUACUUUCUGGAUUUCAUAUUCAACUCCUUCGGUUCUGACAACAUUACCAUACAUGGUACAGUAAGAAACAACUAUUCCUAUUUGUACGAAAUGUCCACGUGUUUCAGCCCGGAGGAGCUGAUAAAGAUCCAUGGGCUGAAUGGAUCUAGCCUGUCCAGGUCUGACGUGGCCCGGCUCAGCCCAGCCCUGAUCCAGCAGCUCCUCAGUGGUGCCUGCAACAGCAUCUCUCCCCCCACUGGACCAUUAGACCAGCUCAGCACCACAGAGAAGUUUGUGUAUGCCUCCAUAGCCAAUCUACUGAUCUGUCUGGCCGCCUUGGUUGGCGUUAUGGUGCUGUUGUGUACCUCCUGCAGCAGUGUCUUCCAGCUCGUCAUUCAGUUCUGUGUCAGCCUGGCCGUUGGCUCCCUCACUGGGGACGCCCUGUUGCACCUCCUGCCUAUGUUCCUAGGCCUCCAUGUUCACAGUGAAGGAACAGAUCACGGCCACUCAGAGGAGGUUCCAGACUACAUCUGUAAGAUACUGGUGAUGAUGGCUGGCAUCUACUGCUUCUAUCUCAUGGAGACUAUCUUCUCCAUCAUCACCACUCACAAGGACAGCCAUCACCAUUCCCUGCAUCACCAUGGGGAGGAGUCUGAGCCCCAUCACUGUGACCAUGGUAAAGUCCUGGAGAUGUACAUGCAGGAGAAGAAUAACAAGCAGUCCAUCUCACAGACUGACCUGGUUGAAAGUGAGAACAGUGAGGACACAGAGAAAGCCUAUCCAGAACCAAACCAGCGCUCAAGAGAACAGCGUCUGCUACCCUACAUGGUUACCAUAGGGGACGGGAUACAUAACUUUGCCGAUGGCCUGGCUAUCGGAGCGGCCUUUUCUGUUUCCUGGAAUUCCGGCCUUGCCACGUCUUUGGCUGUGUUCUGUCAUGAGUUGCCUCAUGAACUGGGUGAUUUUGCAAUCCUGCUGCACAGCGGGUUGUCAGUGAAGAAGGCCUUGAUGCUGAACGUGGGCAGUGCCCUCACAUCCUUCAUCGGACUCUACAUUGCCCUCACCGUCUCUACUGACCUGGCCACCAAGCAGUGGAUCGCGGCCAUCACCUCUGGUCUCUUCUUGUAUGUGGGUCUGGCUGAUAUGCUCCCCACCAUGAUCCAUGCGGACAACCGUAGGCCCUGGCUCAUGUUCCUGCUCCAGAACUUAGGACUGCUGUCUGGCUGGGGCAUGCUGCUGCUCCUCUCUCUGUAUGAGGAAAGGAUUAGCUUCUAGAGCCUCCUAGUCCUCACACUGUACAGUACAAUGCAAUGGAUUUGUAUACAAUUACAAAUGACACUGUAUGUAAACUAUGCUAUAUUUGACCUGUUUUGAUAUAUUUCAUUUAACACGCUUGAUCAUUCUAUAUGAUACAAGAUUUCCUCAAAAUGACUUUCUAGAUGAUAUAUGCGAUUAUAGUCUAGUUCUGUUGUAUCUACCACAUAGAAGUGUAGUCUGUUGGUGUUCAGUCUGAACCUGCUGUUGGUGCUAAUGUUACUGUUGGAAAGGAUUUCAUCUGUAGUUCAAACUGUAAUUUAUACCACCGAUAUUUAUAAUGGGACUCACAGAUCCUCAGCCUACUGCCUCUGUAAUUGCCACAUAUUUUGUAUAACCACAUACCAUAACAGUGUGACUGUGCAGGGAAGUAGGUAGAUUCUAUUUUAAGUUAGCGGUAAUGCAGAGGUUGACAGUGUAUGUAUACAUGUGAGAAUGUGACAUGUUUAGAUUUGUCUACCUUUGUCAAAUGUGUAUUUUUACUUAUGUGCCACCAAUCCCACAAAACCCUCAAAAGUAA